AUGUUGCUCGCGUUGCUCUGGCUCCUUCGGCCGGCACUCGCCGCUCAACCCUCUGCACCCGAGCCCAUCCCCGCUCCCCUGCGAUCCCUCGAGUUCGGACAACUGAACUUCCUGCAUACCACCGAUGCCCAUGGCUGGCUGGCCGGUCAUCUACAGGAACCAUCAUAUUCGGCGGACUGGGGUGACUAUGUCUCGUUUGCGACACACAUACGGGCAAAAGUCGAGGCGCAAGGUCAGGAUCUGCUUGUCAUAGACACGGGCGAUCGGGUGGAGGGCAACGGUCUCUAUGACUCGUCCGAGCCCAAGGGCCUUUAUCUCUCGGAGAUCCUGCGUCACCAGCAUAUUGACUUGUUGACCUCGGGGAACCAUGAGCUCUACAAACAAAACACCUCCGAAGCCGAAUUCUUCACCACCGUGCCUAAUUUUCGAGGCAAAUAUUUGGCCUCGAAUAUUGACAUUAUCCAUCCUACAACCAAAGACCUUGUUCCGCUUGCUCCUCGGUACAAGAAGUUCACAACCAAGCAGCAAGGGAUCCGCAUCGUAGCGUUUGGCUUUCUGUUCGAUUUUACCGGUAACUACAAUAAUACCGUCGUUCAGCCGGUCGAGGAUACCAUUAAAGAGGAUUGGUUCCAGGAAGCCAUUCGGGAUAAAGAGGUCGACCUCUUCUUGGUGAUCGGCCAUGUGCCGGUCCAUUCGCCGGAGUAUCAGGCAAUCUUCAAAGAGAUUCGGGGACUGCGUUGGGACAUUCCAAUUCAGUUCUUUGGCGGCCAUCAGCAUAUCCGGGACUAUGCUCAAUUCGAUGCCAAAGCCGUUGGGCUGGCCAGCGGUCGGUUCAUGGAGACCAUCGGUUUCAUGUCAAUCGACGGCCUGACCACCGAUACGCAACCCAACGCCAUGGGAUCGAGUCCAGUGUUUAAGCGACGAUACAUCGACAACAAUCUGUUUUCAUACCACCAUCACAGCGGUCUUGAUGGCGAGUCGUUCCUCACUGAGAAAGGCCAAAAUGUUUCCCAGCUGAUUGCAGAGUCGCGGACUGCCCUUCAUCUGGACCAAGUAUAUGGCUGUGCUCCACAUACUCUCUGGACGUCGCGGGUGAAAUACCCAAGCAAUGACAGUAUCUACACUUGGCUGGAGACGCAGGUGAUACCUGAUUCGCUGAAAGACGAGUGGCGCAGUGAGACACCGGCGUUGGCCAUUGUGAACACGGGGGCGAUUCGGUUCGAUAUUUUCCAGGGGCCUUUCACUCAAGAUUCGACAUUCAUCGUAUCGCCCUUUACGAGCGGGUUCCGCUACAUCAAAAAUGUCCCGUAUAACAAGGCCCAGCUAAUCAUGGAUAUUCUGAACAAACAGCCUCAGGUCCUGCGCGCAUCACAGCAUGAUAUGGGUUCACCACACACCACACUAGCCCCUCCUGAGCAGUUGGCAUACGUGGAAGAUACGGUGGCUGACCGAGAUGCCGCAUGGGAUCGUCGGAUUCCCUUCCGCGGUGGCGAUUUUCAGGCUCCCCUUUCUGGUGAUGCUCCUUCAGAUAAGCUUGUGCCGGGAUAUACGACCAAGGAUGAUGCCGGCACGGACGGCGACGACACCAUUCACUCGCCCAUAUCCUUCUACCGAGUGCCAAACUGCAUCCAAGCCCUAGUGUCCGCCAAUGCAUCAGUGGUGCCGGAGACAAUAGAUCUGGUCUAUAUCGAGUUCAUUGAGCGAUAUGUGGCACUGGCUGCCAAGUUCGCCCAGCUUGAUGUCGACUUUUCUAAGGAGAGUGACGUGUAUAUGCCGUCAAUAACCUUCACAGAUUUGAUUCUAGACUGGGUGAAGGAGCAUUGGAAGUGCGAGUGA